UCUUUUUUAGCCACCCAUAACCCUAGCCGUCUCAUCCCCUCCCUCUCAUCGCCGAAGAGGACCCCAUCCGCGCGCCUCCUCCGCCGUCGACACACCGCCGCGAAUCUCCUUCUUCCGAAAAUCGUUCCGUGGAGAGGAGGCAUGGCACUCCGAAGGCUGCUUCAGGGGGCCGUUCUACCGAGGACGAUGGGACGGUCCUUGUCCACUGCGCCCGGGGAGGCUAUCCGCGCAACCCUCUUCCCCGGCGACGGCAUCGGGCCGGAGAUCGCCGAGUCGGUGAAGCAGGUGAUCAACGUUGCAGGCGUGCCAAUAGAAUGGGAAGAGCAUUAUGUCGGCGCGGAGGUUGAUCCCAGAACACAGAGCUUCUUGACAUGGGAAAGCCUGGAGUCGGUGCGCAGAAACAAGGUUGGCCUGAAAGGCCCUAUGGCCACACCCAUUGGAAAAGGCCACCGUUCUCUGAAUCUCACACUGAGGAAAGAGCUCGGGCUCUACGCCAAUGUCAGACCUUGCAACAGCCUCCCGGGCUACAAGACCAGAUACGACGACGUGAACCUCGUGACCAUCCGCGAGAACACGGAAGGGGAGUACAGCGGCCUCGAGCACCAGGUCGUCAGGGGCGUCGUGGAAAGCCUCAAGAUCAUCACCCGCCAGGCUAGCCUGAGGGUGGCGGAGUACGCUUUCCAUUACGCCAAGGCCAAUGGCAGGGAGAGGGUCUCGGCGAUACACAAGGCCAACAUCAUGAGGAAGACAGACGGGCUUUUCCUCCAGUGCUGCCGCGAGGUGGCCGCCAAGUACCCUGAGAUCAAGUACGAGGAGGUGGUCAUCGACAACUGCUGCAUGGAGCUCGUCAAGGACCCUGGCACGUAUGAUGUGCUGGUGAUGCCCAACCUGUACGGCGACAUUAUCAGUGAUCUGUCCGCCGGUUUGAUCGGGGGCCUGGGCUUGACUCCCAGCUGCAACAUUGGUGAGGGCGGCAUCUGUCUGGCGGAGGCUGUUCAUGGCUCUGCACCUGAUAUCUCUGGCAAGAACCUUGCAAACCCAACUGCUCUUAUGCUCAGUGCUGUUAUGAUGCUGCGCCACCUGCAUUUCAACAACCAGGCAGACCGGAUCCACAAUGCCAUCCUACGCACCAUCGCCGACGGCAAGUACAGGACCGCUGAUCUUGGUGGCAAGUCGUCGACAUCGGACUACACAAAAGCAGUCUGCGAUCAUAUCUGAUUGAGCACACAGGAGUUCCUGCUCGUUUUCUCUUUACUUGUUUAUUUAUUUGUCUCCCCUGUUUUUUGUUGCAUGCCUCGGUUUCUCUAGAUGACCGUUGACACGGUUUAAUUCAGACCGUCAAAGAAUAAUUGCCACAUUCUUGCUAUUGGAAAAUAUUUUAUCUG